AUGACGGAUAAACUUUUAUCGACUGUAACGGUUCCUAAUAUCAUCGGUAAAAGUGAAUGUAUUUAUUGUUUUGAAAGCCCAUUUAACAAAACAGAAUCGCAGUCUAUUAACUCAGUUGAACAUUCAUUAAACACAUGCAUUUCAUGUUUCCAAGCAGUUUGUAGAAGACAUCUAGGUUUACAUAUGAAUGUUACUAAUCAUUUAUGUGAUUCGCCACAUUUAUCUUACUUGGAAAUUGCUAAAGUGAUUAAACCUGACAGCGAAGAAGAACAAACGCUAAAAGAAACCGGAAGCAAUAAAAAAUUGAAGUUACAAGUCAUAGAUAAAUCAGAGGAUGAAACUUAUAAUACAUUAUGGGCUUUGAAAGCCUAUAACUCUAUCAAUGAUGAAUCCGCAAAUAUUUUAUCUACUGAUAAGGAUACUCAAGUAAGUGAAGAGUCUAAAAAUAUAAUCGAUAAAAUAAUAAAUGCUAAAGCUCAAGAAUUGGUGGAUCAGACAACUUCCUGGGAACUUGAGGUAAAAUCAUGUUCUCAUUCAAGAGCAUUAAGUGAUCAGAUUAAUACUCAAAGUAACAAUGAUUCUAAUCUAAAUCAAUGUUCUUCUUGUGAUCUAACAGAAAAUUUAUGGUUAUGUUUACACUGUGGCAAUGUCGGUUGUGGUAGGGAACAAGUUGGAAUUGAUGGAAAUUCACAUGCUUUGAAACAUUUUGAAACAAAUGAAGAUCAUCCUAUCGCAAUUAAAUUAGGAUCACUAUCUAGUUCUUCAAAUGAUGUGUACUGUUAUUCAUGUAAUGAUGAAGUUACAUUCGACAAUAAGGAAGAUCUAAGUAAAAUAUUAUUAAACUAUGGUGUUGAUUUACAAAACAAACAAGCUAAUGAAAAAACCUUAGUUGAAUUGCAAGUUGAACAAAAUAUGAAUUGGGAUUUUAAAAUGAUGGAUUCACAAGGAAAUGACUUGGUUAAAUUAAACAGUAAUAAAGAUUUAGGUUGCGGCUUAAUAAAUUUGGGUAACUCUUGCUAUAUGAAUUCUGUAAUUAAGGUGCUAUUAAAUGGUGGUAUUCCUGGAUGGUCUUUAGAUAGUAUUGGAUCUUCUUUUCCAAUGGAUGUUGUCUAUCCAUCCAAUAAUUUAUUGUGUCAGUUAAUAAAAUUGAAUAUUGCGAUGAAAAUAGAACCUGAGCGUUAUCCAGAUGGUAUUAAACCUACAUCCUUUAAGAAAUGUAUUACGCGUGGUAAUGCAGAGUUUAGUUCAGGAAAACAGCAAGAUUCAAUGGAAUUUUUUACUUUCUUGACUAAUCAAUUAGACAAAAAAAUAUUCAAAAAUAUCAAUAAGGAGAACAACCCAAAUAAUUUAUUUAAAUUUUCUUUGGAAGAAAGAAUGCAAUGUAACAAUUGUAAAGCAGUCAAAUAUAUUACGCAAACAGAAGAACAUUUGCAGUUGCCAUUAAAAGAAAAUCAGAAAGCUCAAACUUUGACAGAGAAUAUUGAAAACUAUUUCAAUGGUGAGGAAGUAGAUUUCACAUGUCCUCACUGUACAACGUCAACUAGCGUACUCAAAACCCCAGCAUUUAAGUCAUACCCAAGUACUCUAAUAAUAAACCCAAUAAGAAUUAAAUUGGAAAAUUUAGGGUUGAUUAAAAUUGACAAUGAAUUGAAUAUGCCAGGACUUGGUAAUAAUGAUUACUUAGAUUUAUCUCCUUAUAAAUCAAAGGGUUUUAAUCCUGACAGCGAAGUUUUAAUGAAAGACGAAGAAGAAUCCAAUAAAUUUGUUCCAAAUCAGACAUCUGUAGCUCAGCUGAAUGAAAUGGGCUUCACUUUAAAUGCGGUCACAAGAGCAUUAUUUGCCACUGGUAACCAGGAUACUGAAAGUGCUAUGAAUUGGUUAUUCCAACAUAUGGAGGACUUUGAUUUGAAUGAACCGUUCACUCCACCAGUCAAAUCGAAAUCCAAUGAUUGUGAUCCUGAAGCAUUAAAUAAUAUGAUUGCAAUGGGUUUAUAUCCAAAGUUGUGUAAGAAAGCACUUUUACUGAAUAACCAUGAUGUUAAUAAAAGUGUCGAAUGGGUGUUUGGUAACAUGGAUGAUGAUGGCGAACUGGACUUUAAUGAAGAAACAACGGUUCCUGAUGAAAUAAUUGGAUUUGAUCAACCAGCUUCAUAUCAGUUAACUGCAGUAGUUUGUCAUAAAGGUAAUUCAGUUCAUUCGGGACAUUAUGUUGCCUUCAUUAAAAAAAAUAUUGAUAAUAAAUCUAACUGGGUAUUAUUUAAUGAUGAAAAGAUUGUUCUUGCUCAAGAUACUGAUGAGUUGAAAAAGAAUGGUUAUAUUUAUGUAUACACCAGAUGUAGCUAA